UCACAACAUAAACACCAUCCUCACGGACCCAUUCGAUCCAAGGGGCGGCUGCUAGCUAGCUGCAAUCUUCAGCACAACUGCAAGUUCGAGCAGAUACAGGAUGCAAGGAAUCGCCAAGGCGCUGAGCCAGCACGGGAAGCAGCUGAGGCUCGCCGUGCUGCAGCACAUGAACAAGGGGAUCUUCUCCUGGGCCACCCUCAUCUCGCGCAUACAGAGCGAGUCCCCGGCCGUGAUCAUCCCCCACAUGGGGCUGGAGAACAUCACCGUCCGGGAAAUCCUCAGGGCCAAAGGGGAGGCCCAGUCCAGGGCGGUCUACUGGUGCAGCACCACCCAUUUGGUGCAUGAAGCCGUCAAGCACAUGACGGCCAAUAAUGUGGGAUCUCUAGUCGUGCUCAAGUCGGGGGACGACAAGCAGCUGGCAGGGAUUGUAACUGAAAGAGAUUUCGCUAGGAAGAUCCUCUUACCCGGGCGACCCUCGGAGGAAACAAGAGUUGAAGAUAUCAUGACAGAAGAGAACAAGCUAAUCACUGUAUCCAGCAAUACCAAUAUUCUGCGUGCGAUGGAGCUAAUGACAGACGAGCACAUUCGACACGUCCCAGUUUUCGACGAGAAGGUGGUUGGUAUGAUCUCCAUUGGCGAUGUGGUCAGAGCAAUCGUGGACCAACAGCACCAAGAAGUGAAACAACUGAAGAAGUACAUCACUGGAGAUUAUUAUUAGCAUGUAGCUCUGGUACAGUCCAUGUAAUUACUCAUAAUAUUAACCAUGAAUUAUAUCUUCCCCGGUAUUGCCAUUUGGAGUGAGUAACUACUGUCUUUACACUUGCACUUUUACAACACUGAGCUUUGUGUUUUCUCUUGGGCUGUGAAA